UCCUGCUCGUGUUUAGCCUUAAAAAGAAAGGCGACAGAGUGCAUGAUCCCAAAAGAAGAUGUACAGUCGCAGGAGUGCAGCAAGGCGAGCGGAGCGUGGUGGUGACAUAUGAGAAGAAGCGCAACUUACCGAUUAUUGCAAUAGUAGGCUCGUGAGCAAGCAAGCUCGCGACCGUACAAAAUGGCGCGGGUUGUCGCGGAAAUAAAUCCACCAUCCUCCUAGAAGAGGCGUUCACAACACGCGCCACACAUCCGGCGGCAUGACGGGCUUGGGGCGGUGGGUGAGUUUCGCUCACCUGGGCGGGGCAGUGCUGGCCAUCCACCAUCGCGCAGCGGAGAAGAGACACGAAAAGAAGAAGGACAUCGUGUUCCACAUGGAACGCCCGACCUACACCAUGCACAUGCAGCUCGUACCCGAGCCGCCGGCCACGCCAUUACCGACUACCAGCGAUGGCGCUGUCACGAUUGAGGUACAAUGAUGUUUUGAUGUGGUGGUUUUUUCACUUCACGUGGCGAAAACGUGUAUACAACACGCCAACUUGGAUUUUAAUAUCAAUCGCGAUGAAACGUAAAAACGCAUAACACGACACAAAGGACGACCCGACCCCGGUCGCGGAGUUCCCUACUGGCGCUAUGUGCGGCGGCCUGGUACUGGAUGGCCACAUGAUGGUGAAACCGGAGCUGGACGGAACCACCGGUUCGCUGCGCACGACCGCGAACGCCCUGCUCGCACAGUACCGCACGGCGGCCGGGCCGCAGAUUCACCUUUCGUCCGGCCCCGUGGACCAAGGGGCCAUCGCGAGCAUCAACGCAGAGCUGGUGACGAACGCCGCAAACUUCAUCCCCGACGGGUCCAGCAGCGUCCCCACGCACCUGCACGGCAUGGGAACAGAUAGCACAACUGCAAGCGCUAUCAACUGCAAAAAUGUCUGGGUCUGGAAGAUUGCCAGGUUUGUCAUGCAUAUUUUGCAGGGCCCAUGAUGCCUUUGAUGCAUGAUUUAGCAUCACAGCUUUUUGAAGGGCUUCCUGAUGCCUAUUCCGCAUGAGAAAUGGCCUUUCCGCGCAGCAAAAACUGGCCUCCUCUUGCUGGUCAUGCAUCACAAAUUUUUUUGGAAUCCGAAGACAGCAUGAUAGGCUACAUCCUUCCAGGCCCAGACAUUUUUGCAUUUGAUAAGCGCGGUCGCAGGCACGACCACGGGGUUCAACCAGGAAUACGUCACGAAGAAAACGGUCGCUGCUCUAGCGGGAAAAAAAACUACCGCCGCGAGUCCGCCCAUUUCGCGGUUUGUGAUUUUGAACUGCGACAAGUCUGAGGUGCUUUACAACGUGUUGAGCACGAGCAAAAAUGCCGACGGCAGCGGCGGCCCGAGCUUCAACUACGACAUCUACGACGCACAGUUCCGAGCGUUGGUGGCAACAGGCAGGGAGAGCGCGACGGUCCCGGGGAUGCUGGUCUUUGCGCUGGACGGAAACGAAAUCGCACGAACGCAGACACCAGUAUAGGUUUCUGUGAUUCUGUGUCACAUGAGAAAUGAUAAGUGUUGCGCUUAUUAAGUGUUGCGCUUUUGAAGUGUUGCGCUUAAGCGUUUCGGUUAGGCGUUUCGGUUAACCGUUUCGGUUAGGCGUUUCGGUUAAGUGUUUCGCUUAAGCGUUUCGCUUAAGUGUUUCGCUCGGGUGUUUCGGUUCAGCGCUGCGCUUAAGUAGUCCUGCGCCCCUUCAGAGGAGCGCUUAGGUGCCUCGCCAUAGCGCUAGGGGGUCUCGCUCUAGAGCCUCGCCAUAGGGUCUUGCCAGCAUAGAGCCUCGCCAUAGGCCCUCGCCGUAGUGCCCCGCCUAAGCGUUUCGGCUCUGGUUCGCUUAUGUGGUCAUGCGUGUCGCUUAAGUGCUUCGCCCCAGUGCUGCGCGUAAGUGCUUCACUCAAAUGCCUCGCUUAAGUGCUUCGCCUAAGUGUUUCACCUACUUAAGUAGGUGCUUCGCGAAGUGUUUCGCUACGCGUUUCGCUACGCGUUUCGCUACGCGUUUCGCUACGCGUUUCGCUACGCGUUUCGCUACGCGUUUCGCUACGCGUUUCGCUACGCGUUUCGCUACGCGUUUCGCUACGCGUUUCGCUACGCGUUUCGCUACGCGUUUCGCUACGCGUUUCGCUUAAGUGUUUCGCUUGAGACCUCAGGUGAAGUCUUGACUCGUUUAAGUAGUGCCUCGUUUAAGUAGUGCGUCGCUUAAGUAGUGCCUCGCGUAGCUAGUGCCUCGCUUAAGUAGUGCCUCGCUCAGGUGGCGCCUCGCUUAUGCAAUGCCUCGCUUGGGUAGGCCUUGCGAGCUGCCUCGCAUAAGUCGUGCGUCACUUGAGUCAUGCUUCGCCUAAGUCGUGCGUUGCUUAAGUCGCGCCGCGCUUAAGUCGUGCGGCGCUUGAGUCAUGCCCCACUUAAGUAGUGCUCUACUUGAGUCGUGCGCAGCGUAAGUCGUGCGCCGCUUAACUAGUGGGCCGCUUAACUAGUGCGCCGCUUAACUAGUGCGCCGCUUAACUAGUGCGCCGCUUAACUAGUGCGCCGCUUAACUAGUGCGCCGCUUAACUAGUGCGCCGCUUAGCAGGUGCGCUUAAGUGGUGCCUCGGUUGAUUUGUGAAAGCGUCAAACAAGCAAGGAAGCGGCGAGAAACUUUGUCAAAAUAAAACAACAGCUUCUGAACACCAACUCGACUCUGGCUCCGGAUAGCGGGCUGCUGCCGUUUGAACUUCUGUUUUCGCCCUCAAGUAACAACGAACUGCACAUUGUGGCGAACCGCUGGAUCAUAAGUUUGGUGGUCGUGAUGCGAAGCUUCAUACUGUCCGAGGUACUUGUUGUGAUUCCUGAGAUCAGUAGAUUGAUGUUGGUGUGCGACUGUGUACUGGACAAGAAAAACGAUUGAUAUUGAUCCAAUUUUCAAACGCAACAUUGAUUAACAGAGAGCGCCGAACGCGCUGCAAAAUUCGCUUGGCGAAAGCGGGUACAGGACUCUGGGUCUUGUUGCGACGAUAGUGCUGCUUACAACCGCCGUUGGAGUGUGGUUCGGCACCCUCAUCUCGCUCUACAAGACCGUUUACCCGGGCAAGGAGCGAGGCAUGUGGGGCGCGAGGGGAAUGGUGCUAGAGGAGAACUAGAUGCGAUGUUGCUCCCUGUUCCGAGGGCAAAACGGGAGUUCGCAAAAGUGCUGGCAGCCCGAGGCACGUAGCGGUAGGCGGGGGAAGGAGGUAAUACUUGCGCUGGUUGUGGAUUGGUUCAGCCGUGGAACGACUUCGGGAAAGCACCGGCGUACUAACAGCGACAGAGCAAAUCGUGUUAGGUGUACUAGCGCAGAGCAAAUAUACUCUUUGCGCAUGUUGGUUCCAUUUUUUUUCGAAACAUAAGCAGCUUGGCUGUAGAAUCUCUGUUUACUGUUUCUUUUUGUUUCGAUCGCAACAAAACCAACAUCAACAUGUCUCUCAACGUAC